GCUGUGCUCUUCUUGUUAGGCUGAUAGUGAAAGAAGUACACACUAGUUUUGACUUAAAUGGGGGCAAAGCCAAAGGCCCAAAAUGAAAUCUGGGUCAAGAAAGUAUCAUGAUGAUGUCACUAUUGUCAGAUGUACCAACUCAACAAUGCUGAAAGAAUAAAAGAAAGCUUCAUUGUUAUUUGCCCAGGCAGAUCUUCUCAAAUAGGAAGUUUAGUAGGCCUUUUUGAAGAACGCCAAAACAAGUCAAAUGCGCACACUGACUCAGAACAUGUCAGAAGGCCUAAGCAAACUUUGGACAAUGCCUAGAGAUGCAGCAAUCCUUUGUUCAAGGAUUAAAACCUAUUGAGAGAUUCAAACAUGGCAGAUGAUGAAGACGAUUUCGGAGAAUUUGGUGGAUUUGAGGCUGCAGAUCCAGAUCUUGAUGGUGCAGGACCUGUAAAUGUUGAAGCCAGUCCGUCACCAUGGGCAUUAUUCCCUGCAGGUACAGCUGCGCCAGACCUUAUUCAAGCCCAAGGCAUGGUCUACCCGCAUGGUAUGGAGCCACCCUUCGUACAAGAAGACGUCAAUGCUGCAGCUGCAGGAACCAAUAAUAACGUCCAACAACCACCAGAAUCUGUGGGGUUUUAUAUGGAGAAUGACUUAUUAGUGUCCAAUGCUCAGCCUAGUGUGUCUCAUGAUGAUGUAUUGGAGCUCAGUCACGGUUCAGGUUCAUCCGACAGCAACCGUUCAUCUGGGGCAUGCCAUCAACGAGCUGCUGUUCCUGAUAUUCAGAGUUUAGAUAUAACCGCCCAGAGCCAUCCGCGGAGUGCUCCAGAGGCAGACGCACCUGUAGAUAUACUCCCAUUAGAGCUGCCAGGAUUAUGUAACCACAUUUCCGGAAAUGAAGUACCGGUAUCACCAAGUGGUGGAUUGGUGCAGGGGGCUGGAAAUGGCGUCCAGAAUGCCGAGAUUGGACAGGGAGAACCUGCUGCAGCCCCUGGCAGGGAAGACACAGAAAAAGUUACAGAACUGACGGAGCAGCUGUCAGUUGUAGAACAAGAAAAAGAACGAAUACAGAAGGAUUUGGAAGAAUUGCUGGCACGUCAUAAUGUAAUGAUUGUAGACUUUGAAACAACGCAACUACAACUAGCAGAACAAAGAGAAAAGUACAAGACGUUACAAGGAAAGCAUGAUAAAGAUUUGGAAGAGAUUCGUCUGGCCGGGCAUGAAGCAUUGGUUGUCAUUGUAGAGGAAUAUAAAGCCUUGUGUCGUGUGGCUGUGUUGGAACAAAAAGACGUCAUGGAGAAGUAUUUACAUGAUUGCCUGAAGGCUGAGAGAGAAAGGUUUGAAGAGACAUUAGAAUCACAGCGGGACCGGCUGGUGCAAUCAAUAGAACAAGACAAAGUUAAAAAUGCAGAAGAAAUGAAAGUGUUAAGGGAAGAGUUGCAGCUGCUGCACCAGAGCGAAUUUGAGAAGUUCUUACAAAAAGAGCAGGAGCAACAGAAAGAAGAACUUAAGGUUGCCAUCAGAGAGGAGCACCAGGCCAGUCAGAGAUUGCUUCAAGCAGCCAUUGAUGAAGAGAGGGAGAAAACAAAGGCGUUAUUGGCACAGGAAAAGGAGAAUUCACGGGUUGCCUUGGCAGCAGAACAGGAGAAAUUCACUCAAGUUUUAAAAGAGGCAGUUCAUGAAGAACGGGCCAAGAGCAAGGAGGCCGUUAUUCAGUGUAUAAAAGAUGAACAGGAGCGGAGUAAGGACUUGUCGCGUGACGUACUCGAGAAGUCUCGGGAAGCAAUGAAAGGCUACAUCACAGAAAAUAGACAGGCUGAUGCAACAGUUCGGCGAAAACAACUGACGUCUCUCGAUUUAUUUCUUGAGGGGGCCAGGCAUCAAUUAACGGAUCUUAUGUCAAAAACAUCAGAGGAAAACGGAUGAGCUAGUGUCGCAGUGCUCCUGUUCGUUGUUCAACCUAACUGUUGCUGAGUGUGCUUAAGGACUUGUUUUUAAAUGAUGCAAGGUUAAGGGAUGUAAAUUUGCUGCUAAGUGCUAGAAUAAGUUACAACAUACUACUGUAACUUACAGUUGGUCAGGAGAUGACCUUGUGAUAGCAUGUGUUCUAAACACUAAAAGUGACAAGCCACAACAUAACUAUUGGUUUUUUAGUGCUCAUGGGGAGUACAGUAGUACCUCGCUUUGAAUGACAUCCUCGGGACUGACAAAUGCUGUCCCUCAUAGGGAGGUGUCCUUAUUACAGAGGUAUUAUGUGUAGAAAUUACCCAUUUGGGACCAAACCCGAUGUCAGUAACACUAAGAGAGAGGGUGUUAUAGUUGGAGUUGUAGCAAGAAUGCUCAUUCAUCCUCAAAAACUUCCUGGAGAUUAACUCUAACAAGUGUAGAGCAGACGCCUUAGAUGAUGGUUCCAUUCUUAGGAGACUGUGGCUCAUAAUUGUGAUGAAUUUGAAUGGUCAGACUUACAUGUUUGUCGCCAAGAAUACAUAAAGACAUAGUCUUUAUCAAUUCUUGUCGUGUGUAUAAUUUAUGUAAUGUAACGAUGAGAAAAAGAUUAAAAUAAACAAUAUUUCAGUUGA